AUGAGCAUCGUGGGAGUUGAUUGCAGCUGGGUGGUCUCCAUCGGUGCAGGGCUCCAGGCGCCUGCUUCCGCUGUUUGCACACCGCUUCAUCUGGGAUCAUCCUCUGGGUCCAGAACAGAAAGUGACCUCAGAGAUGAGUCCAUCUCUACAGUGUCCUGGGGCUGCUGCAGCCAAGGGCCACCCACUGUGCAGCUCAAACAACUGGAUCUCCUCUUCCUCAGUCUGGAGGCCAGAAGUCUGAGGUCAAAGGGUGGGCAGGGCUGUGGUCCUUCUGAGAGCUCUGGAGGAAGGUCCUUCCUUGUUCCUUCCAGUGUCCAGCGGAGACCAGCAGUCCUUGGCCUCCAGUGGUUUGUGAGCAUCAGCUCAUCUCUGCCUCCGUCAUCACGUGGCUUCCUCCUGGGCACCUAUGUCCACUUCUUCUAA